ACCACUCCACCGACGAGGGAGCAAACAUUUCCAAUAUUUGAUGACUGAAGUAAACAUACAAUUUUCUCAAUUUACAAAUAAAUAAACCGUGUCGAUUUUCAUCUUGAUAAAGCUUCCAGUGUCAGGUGCUAAGUCAGGCGUACGUACACAUUGUACAAAUGGAAGUGACCUCGGGUUCCAGAGACAAUGUGGCUUCCCCGUCGUCGUCCCCCGAAAAGACGGCUACCUCGAGUCCGGCGAAAGACCCCACCAACCCAGUAUUCGUGGACGACAGCCCUUCCAGCUCGGACACUUCAGACGAAUUUGAGGAUGUACUUGAGGUAGGGAAACACAACCAGGAUUACUUUGAAGUGCCUCGUCGACGGAAAAAGGACACUGGGCCCCCACUGCCCACCAAGGACCUGGUUUUCAUUCCCAAAGACAAGUUGGUCCCAUUCAAACAGCUGUAUGAGAAACAACCUCAAAAAAUCAAGGAGAUGAUGCGAGUUACGUUCUGUGACGGGAAACCUGUAACAAAUCCACCCCCACUCAGCCUCUUUGUAAACAGGGUGAGAAAAUUGCAGGACAAGAAGAAACAUCAAAAACAGACCCAGAAAAAACAGUUGAAGAAAAAAUGUGCAGUGAAAUCACAAUCGUCGGCGGUGCCGGAUAGCAAAAUGGGGGCAGCAAAAGUUUGUACGUCCGACGUUUAUGAGCAUGAUACUCAGUUGGUUCAUGUUGAUUAUCCUGGCAGAGUGGUGCAUGUUGAUAAAGCGAUUGAAACAAUGGGAGGAAUCGGCCAAAUUACAAAGGUGUUCAACAAUGUCAACAAUAAAUUGCAUGUCCGCUUCCGACCCGAUGACCCAUGCUGUAAUUCGGCCAGAGGUGAAGCGGCUCCAGCAGUUGGCCUGCUCUUGAAGGUUCGAUAUCGUAAACCAGUACAAAAAGUAAAGGCCGAAGCAUCCAGUUCAAAACAACAAGGAACUCGGGUCGAACAAAUUGAUGAUGAAUCAAUUGUUAUCAAUGGAGUGCGCCUUUCAAAGUCUCAAAUACUUUUUGAAGAUAAGCAGUUAUUGAAGAAGGUCACGUCAGAGAAGGAUAAAAUUCUGCAACAACAUCAAUAUCGCAAGUUUGGUGAUCCUGGACAUUCAUAUUUAAGAAUCCCUAAACAUUACAAGCCAGUUGUCGAUCAAAAGAUUCGAAUUGAAACACUAGGCAUUGUCAACAGAACGUAUAAAUUUGAAGGACUUUGUGAUUUCCAGUACAUUCCUUCAAAACUCGCGAAAGAUGGUACCCCUGUUUCGACACGAGACCAAUUGUUUCCUCUUCUUGGCAAUCCUAGCGAAGACAACGAUAAUUUGUUUGUUUGUGACGAAUUAUUCCAAGGAGAAGAUCGAGAUGCCUACACGGAUCUCUUACCUCCAAUGAUGUCUAGAAUUGAUAAGCCUGUGGAAGCCAUCGUUGAACACAUGCUGGAUUCUGAUAAUAUCAAACUUGCGCCAGACUUGACAGAAAAAUCUGGUGUAAUUUCGACCAGCCGUGCUAGAAGAAAUGUGUACACGAUAUUUUACAAUUUUCAAAACGAAAAGCACAAGGUAAAUAUUCCAGUCCCCUCGGAACCUCUGAUUGGAGCCUUGGAAGAUGUCAAGAAACGUUUUCAAUAUGAAGUAACACUGGAUCUACUCAAGAAAAGCUUUGAAGAAAGGCCAGUUUGGAGUAAAAUUGCGUUAGAGUAUGAACUAAAAAAGUCCUCUGUCACUCUAAAGUACACAUUACCCUGCGUAUCUUACUUUGCAACAAAUGGACCUUGGAGGGCUUUGUGGAUUAGAUUUGGUUAUGAUCCAAGAUUAGAACAAUCAUCGUUUAUUUAUCAAACGGUGGAUUUUAGAGUUCCGGUUACGUACAAAACCUUCAUGGAUGAGCUGGACAAGAUAGAUGAAACCUUUUAUAUCUUCCGACCACAUCUGAUGCCUCCACGUGGGCAAAUGUUUUAUCAGGUGAUGCACCUCAAAUGUGAAGAAAUUACUCGACUGAUUGAAAUAGCUUCUCAGAAAGCAUCAGACAACGAAUUGCAAUAUGACAACAGAUUUGGCUGGUUUAAAGAAGGGACGUUUGAAUAUAUCAGACACAUAAUUACUCAAUAUAUUGAGAGCCACCUCGAGGAAUUAGGAAAAAUACCAGAGUAUCACAUCCCCAAAAUUUUCUUACCUGAUGGUGAACUUGAACCUAUAGAAAAACUUGUGUCCAGACCCCGAAGCGUCAAAAGACUUAGAAAAGUGCGAUCUUACAAACCAAAACCAACUGGAGCUGAGUUUAGCGAUACCACUACUUCCAAAUUAACUAAAAAGUCUACGUCAAAAAGGAAGCCUAAGGCAAAGGAGUCCUCACGAUCAUGGGUUUAUCAGGGCAUCUUGGAAGAUUUGUCAAUAAAAGAAAUAAAUAAGUAUGGAUCAAAAAUGGACAAGGAGGACGAGAAAGAGAUGUUGGACGACGACAGUUUGUUAUCUGACGACUUUGAAGAUGAUAGCGGCACCGAAGAUUCUGAAGACUCUGAUUAUGAACCAGGGGCCGGAAUUAAUGAACACGUCAAAUAAGUAUAUUUAGACUAUGACUGACAAUAUUACUUCAAUAACUUAUAAGUGACUCUAUUGUUAUUUUAUAUGUACCUAUAAAUGAAGAAAUACGAUGUGAUACCGAUCACAGCAGAUAAUGUGAUGAAAUGUUUUCACUCCAAUAAAGAUGAUUUUUUAACAAUA